CCCAAACACUAACCCAUAGCCCUCCACCUCCAUGGCACUGAAAACCACCUCCACAUGCUCACCGUCCUCCUCCGAUGGCAGCCCAAACUCACUGUUUGUGAACUCUUCAUCACCCUCGGUGUCCUCGACUAUGUCGCCCGAAACUUCUCAUCUACAAGGGCAUCUUCAGUGAAUUCGUAAGGCUUUCCUCUGGACCGGUUCCGACCGGGAGAACCUGGAGUUUAACUUUCGCUGGACCCGGCGGAACCUUACCAUCGUCGGCUUGUUCAGAAUUGUCGUUCCCAUCCUCAUCUACAAGGGCAUCGUCAGUGAAUUCCAUAUGCAAGACGAGGAUGCCGGAAGGCCCUACAGGAAAUUCCUGUGAAAAUUCCAAUUAAGGAUCUCGAUAAUUAAUAGUGGCGAGAAUUGGCUUCUAAUGCUUUGCUGUAUCUCUGGAUGGUAAGAAGAUCACUAGUUUCGAGGAGUUGAACCUUGUUUGAUUUCAGGAGUUACAAAGGAUGUUAUGAAAGAUCUGCCACCAAAGAAGGAACUGAUAUUACGUGAUGAAUUAAGUAGCAAGCAGAAAGAAUACUACAAAGCCAUUCUUACUCAUAAUUACCAGGUUUUAGCUCGUCGUGGAGGCGCACAGAUCUCUCUUAUCAAUGUUGUUAUGGAACUUCAUAAGCUUUGUUGUCACUCGUACAUGUUAGAAGGAGUUGAACCUGAAGUAGAGCCAGCAUAUGCCAAUGAAGGGUUAAGGUUGCUGGCUGAAAAGGAACGGAAGGGAUUUGAGGAAUAAAGGUGCAGGAUAUUAAGAGAGGUCAGAAGAUAUCAAGUCGGUUAGUGCCUUUCUAUUUAUUUAUAUUUUAAAUAGUUAAGAAUCUAACCAAUUGUUCUAAUUUCUUUUUCAUAGUUUAUAGACUUUCAUGGAGACUUUAUUAAAAAAUUAAAAAUUAAAAAGAUGUCAAUUAGAGUCUUCAAGAAUGUCAAAGAUGGUAUUGCAAUACUAGUUGUUGUAUAUGUUGCUCAAAAUAAAAUAGACUAAUUCAUUUUCAUUUCUGUUAUUAUGAAACCUCAUCGAAAUCAUACACAAAUAUACAAGAAGUUUUCAGUUUUGGGAAAUUAUUCAUUCUUUAUUCAUUAAAAAUUUACGAAGAUGUAUAUAUAUGUAUGCCAUAUGCUAUAUAUUUUUUCUAUAUCCAUCAUGCACAUAUAUAUCAGUGUCUGUAUUUACAUGAUUAUGAGGUGGUGACAAAUUGGGCUGGCAUAUAUGCAUGACAUGCAACUAGCAAGGAUAUUGACAUGUCCGAAUAUGCGUGUACACCGCAACU